CCUCUGCAAUCAAUUCAUACCCUUUAUUCAGAUUUUGGGUUUUGCAUUCAAAUCCUUUUAUUUCAUAAGCAGCUGUAGAACUAGAUGCAGAUUUUCUAGCUCCCUUAAAUUGUUUACUUACUUUGUGUUGAAAUUGUUGCCUUCUAGAUUUACAGACUAAUUAUGAAAUUUAUUUUUUGUACACUAGAAUUUUCUAUGUCUCCUGGGGUUUAUGUUCUGAUAUGUUUAUGUGUAACUUGUCAUUGUUGGGGAAUAUGUCAGUUUUGCAGUUGGUAAGAAAUUGAAUCACAUUUUCAGUAUCUUGAGGAAUAGGACAGAUUCUGUUUUGGGAUAUUUUUUUUAUACCAGUUUGGGGUGCUUUCGCUAGAUUUUCAUUUAUAUGUAGUCACUUCCAAAGAUUUGGGUCUGUGCAUUGCUUGUGAAAGACACAUGUUGUGAUUUUAGAUUCUUUUGAUGUAAGUUUCAUGGUAUUUGUUUCCUGAUAUACCUUUUUUCUGAUACUGAACUGAUGGCAUCUUAUGUUUUAUAUCUCUUUGGUUCUGUUUCUGCUGCCGUUCUCUAAAUCAAAGCUUGGUUUCAAACUUUCAAUAGAUAGUGCAUUGCUGGAGUGUUCCCUUAUCAUCUAUAUAUAGAUGCCAGAAUGGUUCCGAAUGAUGAUAAACUUGUGAUAGAACAUGUUUAGCAGGAGACAAACACUUCCUUUGUAAAGGACCAUGCACCAAUCAUUGCAUUCCCAUGGCUGUAUCAACAGCAGCACCUGGUAAAGGAGGAGGAUUGUUAGAAAGGCCUGUUAUAGAGAAAACCACUCCCGCUCGUGAGCCUGAGGUUGAUCUCAGAAAUAUUGAAGCUAUUUCUUUACAUCAGUCAUAUUCACUUUCCAACUGUCUCAAGCUCAAUCGUUUACAAAGAAAUCGAGGAAAAUAUCAUGCUGUUAAUAUCAUGCAAGAAGCACACCACAAUGGCUUGUCAGUGGUGAUCAUAUGUGCUCAGGCUGAUGCCGAAGAACACUGCACACAACUCAGGCACAAUGGGCUUCUGAGUUCAAUUGAACCCGCAAGUGGGGGAUGUUAAUAAAAUCAAGGCGCUUCCAGGAAUAUCUCUGCACAUCAGAUACUGUACAUAAGAACAAUGCCCAUAUAUAAAUCUUGGUUGUCCUGUGGUCUAAUUGAGACAAGAGGUGGUAUUUCAAAUAAAAAGUUAUAGUUUACAGUACGUUAUAA